UUUAAAACUGCAGAAGAAGAUCUGACUCCAGUAAGUCAGCAUGAAGAUCCACUGCGUGAUCCUGGGCGCUCUGCUUCUCCUGCUGCUCGCCAGCCUUGGUGGCACCCGCAAGACCUCUGCCAUCGACCUGCGCACCUUCAUCGGCUGCGCUGUGCGCGAGUUCACCUUCCUGGCCAAGAAACCCGGCUGCAAGGGGCUGCGGGUGACGACGGACGCCUGCUGGGGCCGCUGCGAGACCUGGGAGAGGCCGGUGUUGGAACCACCUUACAUCGAGUCUUACCACCGUGUUUGCACCUACAACGAGACCAAGAUGGUGACGGUGAAGCUGCCCAAAUGUGACCCUGAUGUGGAUCCCUUCUACACCUACCCGGUGGCCAUCCGCUGCGACUGUGACAUCUGCUCCACUGCCACGACUGAAUGUGAGACUGCCUGA